CCUCCGGGGCGGAGUUACGUGGGGUAUAGCUGGACUGAGGGCGACAAUAUGUUUUCAUCAAGCUAGUGCAGCAUUAACGCGUGUUUGCAGUAAACAUGUCUCUUAGGAGAGUGGGGACAGCUCUGACCCGUACACUGUGGACCAGAGAAAACAAGAGUACCCCUGUUGCAACGUCGUCCAAAGUAAACGGGCUUUGCACCACAUGCAAGGGAGCGCAGCAGGGCCGCGGGACAACAAAAGAACAAAGUUGCAGCUCGGACACGGGCAGGCCGAAUGGCGACGUGCUGUGUUCCAGCGAGCAGCCUCAUAGAUGUGCAGCUGGGGAAAAGAAGCGAUCCAAGGAGCCCGCGGGUGCGCCCGGCGUUACUGGUGUAAGAAGGCGUUCAUACACCUCCACCGCAGCGCCCGUGGACCAGAGGUCCUACCUGUGGACCCGUUAUAAUGACACGAAGCGGCUGGUUCACGACCUGAUCCCACCAGGAUCCUGUAACCUCCUCAACUCCUCCACCAUCUACGCUAACAACGAGGUCAACCUGGCCGAGGUUGAUAUCUACGGCUUUGACUAUGACUACACGCUGGCUCUGUACUCCAAUGCGCUCAACUCAAUGAUCUACAAUACAGCAAGAAGCUUCCUGAUUGAACACUUCAAGUACCCCGAGGGCAUCUGCAAGUAUGAUUAUCUUCCCAACUUUGCUGUUCGGGGCCUUCACUAUGACAUCCAAAAGAGUCUUCUAAUGAAGAUAGAUGCCUUCCAUUACAUUCAGCCAGGAACAGUGUAUCGAGGUCUGAGCCCAGUGCCAGAUGAAGAGGUCCUUCAGCUCUAUGGAGGGACUUUCCACGUCCCCUUGCGACAAGACAGUGGCUUCUAUGGAAAGGGUCCAAAGGUGAAGCAGUUCAUGGACAUCUUCUCCAUUCCUGAGAUGACGCUCCUGGCUGUGGCAAAUGAUUUUUUCAUCACCAAUGAUAUCGAAUACGAUCCACUUCACCUCUUCAAGGAUGUCUCGGAAGCAAUUGGCAUGGUUCACCUCAAAGGCUACAUGUACAAAUGGAUCAUGCAGGAUCUGGAUAAGUUCAUUCCGAGAGGAGAAGAAACAGAUGCUGUAUUGCAUCGACUGGUCAGUAACGGAAAGAAACUAUUCCUCAUAACCAACAGUCCUUUCAGCUUUGUGGAUAAAGGAAUGACGCACAUGGUGGGAAAAAACUGGAGAGACUUCUUUGAUGUUAUCAUUGUGCAGGCUGGCAAACCUCACUUCUUCACUGAUUGUAUCAAACCUUUCAGACGCUUGGAUAGUAACGGAGACCUUCGGUGGGAGAAAAUAAAAAGUCUGGACAAAGGGCACAUCUACAAACAGGGAAACCUGUUUGACUUCCUCAGACUGACAGGCUGGCGAGGAUCGAAGGUGCUUUACUUUGGAGACCAUCUUUACAGUGAUUUGGCUGACCUGAUGUUGCAACAUGGCUGGCGUACCGGAGCCAUAGUGCCUGAGCUGGAGCAGGAAACCAGAGUGGUGAGCACAGACCGGUAUUCGCUGAAGCUCACCUGGCUACAGGCUCUAACCGGCCUGAUCGAACGCUUGCAGACACACCGGGACCCAGACUCUACAAAAAUUCUUCAGGAGUGGCAGAAGGAGAGAGAAGAACUCAGGGUGAUGACAAAGAACUUGUUCAACCCUCAUUUCGGCAGCAUCUUCAGAACAUGUCACAACCCUACCUACUUCUCCAGACGUCUGUGCCGUUUCUCAGACAUCUACAUGGCCUCCCUAAGCUGCCUGUUGAAUUACGACCUCACAUACACUUUCUACCCCCGCCGCACCCCUCUGCAGCACGAGGCUCCUCUGUGGAUGGAUCAGCUUUGUACAGGCUGCAUGAAGACUCCGUUUCUGGAGGAGAUGUCUCACAUCCGAUGAGAGCUGCGCUCUCCUCUCUGACUGAUAGGAUUUCCUAUUUUUGGCCUGGCAAACACUUGAGAUAAACUUUUUCUUUUACACAGCAGGGUUUUUUUAAAAUCCAGAAGGUGCUGCACAACUCCGUCCACAGGACAAAGUAACCCUGUACCACACAGCGACCCACUUAUGCAGUGAAUUCCCUAGAGGGUGCUGUAGAUGUGCCUGCUGUCCAGAAAGCACGGGAUCAAAGUGGUAUGGAAAUGCUGAGCAGUACCGGGCUACAGUCGCACAGUUUUAACAAAUAAAAAAAUAAAGUCUGACAUAAGUA